AUGGACUCUUCCUUCCCUUUCCCUGCAGAGAUGGACUUCUUCUCUAACAACAAUCUCAAGCCUUCCUCUUCCUCUUCCAAUGAUGAUUCCUCCACUCCUCCUCGUCCUCUUGAAUUCAAAGUAAACACUGCUCUCAAUCUCUUGACCAUUGACGGCGACCAAUCCGUGGUGGAUGGUGCGUUUGACGUAUAUUCAAAUUUCGAAGAGAAACGAGCCAAGAUUAGUGAGAUUGCUCUUCUUCGAGCUGAGUUAGAGAAGAUCAUGGAAGAGAAUCAUGAGCUGAAAGACACUCUGAAUAAGGUUAACACCAAUUACAAUGCCCUGAAGAUGCAUGUGGACUUUAUCGAGUCUCGCAAGGGCAGUGAGGACGCUGAGAAACCCGAAAACCAAGUGCCUGAUGAUGCGAGUCCAGAAGAAAAGAAACAAACAGAUAGUAACAGAGGAACCCUAGUGCCAAGGCAAUUUAUAGAUCUUGGAUUAGCUUCGAUCAAUGAUGGUGAGGCUAAUAGUGAUGAGCCUUCGCUGUCUUCCUCCAAUGACAGAUCAAGAUCGCCAUUGGAAGUGGAAUGCAGGGCCAGAAUUGGUUCUGAUAAGAAGGAACUCACCAGAGAAACUGAAAUUGAAGAAGCUGACAAGACUAAUAAAAAAUAUAGUCCUCCCAGAAACGUUGAUGAUCAGCUGGAAGACAUUAUGAGGAAGGCAAGAGUUGCAGUCAGAGUUCGAUCAGAAGCACCUAUGAUUACUGAUGGAUGUCAAUGGAGAAAAUAUGGUCAGAAGAUGGCCAAAGGAAAUCCAUGCCCUCGAGCUUAUUAUCGUUGCACCAUGGGUUCGGGUUGUCCCGUUAAGAAACAGGUACAAAGGUGUGCAGAGGAUCGAACAAUUUUGGUAACAACAUAUGAAGGAAGUCAUAACCACGCAUUGCCUCCAGCAGCAAUGGCGAUGGCUCAAACAACAGCAGCGGCAGCAAGGACAUUGCUUUCAGGAUCAAUGUCAAGCAAUGAUGGUCUAAUGAAUGCAAGCUUCUUGACAAGGACGACAUUGCUACCUUGUUCUUCAAGUAACAUGGCAACUCUCUCAGCCUCAGCUCCAUUUCCAACCGUUACAUUGGACUUAACUAUUCCUCCAACACCACAAUCUCCUACCCAAUUUCAAAUGCCUUUCUCAAAUAAUGCCCCUCAUGAUUUCACUCAAGUUUUGGCUCAAGCGCUUUGUAGCAACAAGCAAACAACUAUGUCGGGGCUUCAAGUGAAUAACAAAGACCCCUUACAAUUGAGUGCUGCUAUAGCAGCUGAUCCUAACUUCACAGCAGCUUUAACAGCGGCUAUUACUUCUAUUAUGGGUUCUACUCUGCCAAACAACGUUAAUGGUGACAACAAUGCCAAAGUUAUAAGUAGCAAUAACAGUUAUUCAAAUUUUUCAGGGAAUUAG